CCCGUUUCUUGACUUCAAUCUUAGUAAAUAGCACAGAAAUUGACACAACCGUUUGACAGUCUCGCGAGAAAAAUGACAAAAUUCACUUCAUUUUGCAGUGUUUGCUUAUUAAUUUUUACAUUUUCCUGCCUGUCAAUGGCAAGUCAAUCAACGGAAAAUUGGAGACCAAAAGUCUUAAUUACGGACAAACGGAUCCCCGAGUCGGGCAUUGAGAUUUUGCAAAAUAAAUGCGAAGUGAUUUUCUGUGAAAAUACGUCGCGUGAAGAGAUUUUGAGCAAAAGUAAAGGUGUUGAUGGCAUUUUAUGGGCGACACAUUCGCCUCUUAACGCGGAGGCGCUUGAUGCUGCAGGUCCUCAACUGAAAGCCUUAUCGACAAUGUCUGCCGGCAUUGAUUACGUCGAUGUUGCCGAAGUGAAACGUCGUAAUAUUCCGCUCGGAUAUACGCCGCAAGUGUUGGAUAAUGCAGUUGCUGAUAUGGCAGUCGGUUUGAUGAUUGCUGCGGCACGACGUUAUCAUGAGGGACGCCUAAAAAUAGAAAACUCACAAUGGACCGGCGGACCUCAAUGGAUGCUGGGACAAGACAUUACCGAGUCAGUUGUGGGCAUCGUUGGUUUCGGCAACAUCGGUUCGAAGAUCGCCCAACGUUUACAAGGCUUCGAAAUUGGUCAAUUGCUGUAUACAGCUCGCAGCGAGAAGCCCGAAGCCAAGAAAAAGUACAAGGCAAAGUUCGUAACCUUCGAAAAUUUGAUCAAAAAGAGCGAUUUUGUCAUCAUUGCCGUCCCUCUAACCAACGAAACUCGAGGAAUGUUCAACUCCGAGGUCUUCAAGAAAAUGCGACCAAACAGCGUACUUGUUAACAUCGCUCGCGGUGAAAUCGUGAACACCAACGACUUGGUAGAAGCUCUCAAAACCAACGAAAUAUUUGCUGCCGGCUUAGAUGUCAUGGAUCCCGAACCUCUGCCAGCUGAUCAUCCGCUCAUGAGUCUUCCAAAUGCGAUUAUUGUGCCACAUUUGGGUUCCGCAACACUUGAAACUCGCUCCCAAAUGUCAACUUUAGCUGCUCAUAACAUUUUGGCGGGAAUCGCAGGCGAAAGAAUGCUUGCCCCAGUUCCAUGAAGAUACGAGAUGUUGUUUAUUGUCCUUAAUUGGACCGGUUUUUACAUAAAAAAAACUUCUUGAAAUUCCUUUCCUUUAUCAAAAUGUCAAACCUUUAAAAAAAAGAGAUUUAAAUGUCUAGUUUUUUAAACUAAAUUCAUAAAAAAACGAAAUUCUACCUGCUCUCCUUUGUUAUU